AUGCAUGCGUAUGUAAAAGAUCUAUCUAUCUAUCUAUCUAUCUAUCUAUCUAUCUAUCUAUCUAUCUAUCUAUCUAGUGACCUAGCUAUCUGUCUAUCUUUCUCUCUAUCGAUUCAUCUAGCUAGCUAUCUCUAUUUCUGUCUGUCUAUAUAUUUAUCUGAUUAUGAUGAUUCUGCUGCUGAUGAUCAUCUCUCACUCUCUAUCUUGGGUCUGUUCAUAUCUAUCUAUCUAUCUAUCUAUCUAUCUAUCUAUCUAUCUAUCUAUCUAUCUAUCUAUCUAUCUAUCAGUCCGCCUGUCUAUCUCACACCAUUUUUAUUGCUGGUAAUAUUUUUAUCUAUCUAUCUAUCUAUCUAUCUAUCUAUCUAUCUAUCUAUCUAUCUAUCAGGCUAUUCUGAUUUCUUUUUCUCUUUCUUUAGUGUUUCUUCUACUUUGUGUCGUCUUCAUUUUAUUCUUUCAUCUUUUAUUUCUUUUUCUUUAUUACUUAUUUUUUUUCAUUUUAUUUCAAUCUCUCUCACUCACUUUGUCUCUCAGCUUAUUCUUAUCUAUCUAUCUAUCUAUCUAUCUAUCUAUCUAUCUAUCUAUCUAUCUAUCUAUCAGUCAGUUUAUAUCUCUCUAUCUAUCUAUCUGAAAAACUUUUUCAUUCUGUUUUCUUUUUCAUUCAUUUAUUUCUUAUUCUUUUCAUUCGCGGGUUGCUUCUUAUUUUUUCUUCUUUGUUUUUCCCUUUUAUAA